ACGGAAACUUUCUUUACGAAGGUUCUCUAAUUUUGCGCCAUUAACAGUUAUACUGUAUUCUUUCUAUAAAAUUAGCAAAAAAAAAAAAGAGCUUUGCUUCGAAAGUCAGUAAAACUCUCAGGAGAGGAAUCGAAAAUGUGUUGAUCGAUCAUGAAUUCUGGGUUUUCUCAUCAACUUUGAUUUGUUUCAGAAGAGAGUCACAUUACGAUGUCAAGACCCAUGUUACUUGUUUUCCUAUUGCUUAUACUCAUAAUCACCUCCCAGUUUGAAUGGAGACAACAACUUGUUGUUGAUAUUGACAUGACCCCUAGCAUAACACAGAAGCAGCAACAAAUUUCGAGGAGGGAAGAAGCCGUGAAAGAAAAGAUCAUCUUAUCACAAGAGAAGAACAUUCAGAGACUUAAUGAAGUUGUGCGGAGUCUUCAGCAGCAACUGUUGCAGUGCAAGGGUAAUAACAAGACAACAAAUGGCACUGCAAGCCAUUUGACUGAACAUGUUAUUGAGCUUGAGCGACAACAGAUCUUGGAGGGCUAGGCUAAGAUAUUUUUCAAAAUAUAUGUUCUGAUUGCAAUACGUUGAAGUUGUCAAAUCCUUGUUUACUGAAGUGUAAGUUUGAAGUACCAUUCAUUGUAAGUUAUAUGGACUUUUUUCCCUCUUGUCCUCUCGAUCUCUUUUGAAUGGAAGCACGGAAGCAAUGCACAAUAUAAA